AUGUCUGAAAACCAAAAUUUCUUGAUUGGUAUUAUUGGAAGUGGUCCAAUAGGAUUGGAAUGUGGUUUACAUGCUCUCAAACAUGGUUACCAAUUUAUUAUUUUCGAAUCAGGUGACGAUAUUGCUAAUAAUGUACGUUUAUGGUCACAUGUACAAUUAUUUACUCCGUUAAACAUGAAUGUGUCGCUAUUAGGAAAAAAUCUUCUUAAAGAAGAACAAGACAUCAAUGCAUUCUUAACAGGCGGUGAAUAUAUAGAACAUUAUCUGAGACAUGUUAGUUGUUUGUUACAACCAAAUAUUCGAUUGCAUCAUCGUGUUAUAUCCAUCGGUCGCUUUCACACUAAUAGAUUUAUUAUUCUUGUAGAAAAUAAACAAAGUAGCUGUGAAGAAUAUUUUAUUGUCGACUGUGUAAUCGAUGCAAGUGGUACGUACAGUAAUCCAAAUUUUGUUGGUCCAAGUUACUUGCCAGCCAUUAAUGAACGUGCAUUACAGAAUAAACUACAAUCGCCUAUCACUUAUCUGAUACCACAUUGUAAUUACGAACAAGUUGCCGGUAAACGAAUUGUUCUUAUUGGGAAAGGUUACAGUGCAGCGACAUCAGCCGUCUUCUUAGCCAAAGUCAAAGAAGCUUAUCCGAAAACACAAUUAUAUUGGAUUAUCAAACAAUCGAUCGACCACUUGCCAUAUUGUAUUAAUCCUGAAGAUCCACUAAUACAGAGACGUGAACUAGUUGCCAGUGCGAAUCAAAUAUAUGCCAAUAAAAAUAUCUUUAAUGAGAUUUACGAUAAGGCCGCCGUAACUAAAUUUACCUUAUCAACAUAUUCCUCAACAGUCGAUAUUACAAUUGAUUCUCCUCAUCCUACAAUUCUAAAUAAUAUUGAUUAUGUCAUAGCCAAUACUGGUUCACAACCAGAUCGAAGUCUUUAUGCCAAUUUGAACGUACAGGAAUGUUAUCGUACUAAAGGUCCAAUAGCACUUGCUGUCAAACUAUUGUCAUCUAGCAGUGCUGACUGUUUGAAACAAACAAGCCACGGUACCAAUAGUAUGUUGACAACAGAGAAAAAUUUUUUCAUCGUUGGUAACAAAAGUUAUGGGAAGCAAACAAAUUUUAUUCUGCAAAUUGGUUUUGAACAAGUUAAUGACAUUUUUAAAUUAAUAAAUGAACAAUGCUAG